ACAAAAUUUCUCUUACCCUUUUUUAGAGGAAAAUUUCUCUUACUUGUACUAAACAAUCUGAAAGAUAGUCAUAUGUAUAAAUUGUUAUACAUGUUGUAUGGUCGUCACCCAAGAGUUGAUUUUGCACACUUGCACAUAAAAUAAAAUAGUGCUAAUUAAAAAAAAAAGUCAUUAUUUGACUAACUGAUAAUAAAAGUUCAAAAUUUGUAACGUAGGUGACACAUUCAUUGCUUUUGAUCUUCAUCUUCUCUUCUGCUAUACCAAAGAGACUAUGAAGACAUUUUAUUUUGUUAUGCUAUGUGUUAUCAGCUUCUUUGUUCUGGUCUUUCCAAAUGGCUUUUUUGGCCUUGCAGAUGAUACUAAUAGAGCAUUAGGUUCCACAUGUAAGAAUGAAGAAAAUACUACUGUCAAUGGAGUCAUAUUGCAAACUUUAUUGAAUUCUCUUGCUUCAAACGUGGUUGAUCACCAUGGAUUUUACCAAACCAUUGCAGGAGAAAACAACAGCAGGAUUUAUGGUUCAAUAUUAUGUAGAGGAGACAUAUCUGCUAACAAUUGUUCUGAUUGUGUCCGUAACUCCACAAUAGAAGCUUCAAAUGUUUUUCCUAAGUGUAGAGAUGUUCAAGUUUUGUUUAGAUGGUGUUUCCUACGCUAUUCAAACGAGAGCUUCUUUGGAGACAUGCAGGAAUUGACAUUUACAUAUGACUUUGAUGAUAUUGAUGAUCCUUCUGUGGUUUCACAAGGGUUACCUUUCAUGAGUGGAGUAGCAGCUACAGCUUCAGAGAAAUCAUUAAUGUUCCACACAGAAGUACUGAACUUCAAUCAAAGUGAGAAGAGGUAUGGAAUGGCUCAGUGCACAAGAGAUAUUAGUAGAAAGGACUGCAAAAGGUGUCUGGAUUCUCAGCUGAUUAACAUCAGAACAAUUAGAAAUAAUACAAGAUGGGAAAUUUAUGGAUCCAAUUGUUUCAUGUGGUAUGAUGACUAUCAGUUUUAUGCUAGUGUAUCCUUUCUUCCAAGUGCUGCAUGGAGGCCUUCUUCUUGCAGAAGCUUAGCAGCGAUUGCGGUCUCAGCAGCCUUGUUGAUAGUUUUCUAAUUCUAGUUUCAAUUUUUUAUUUAUUUUUACUUUGUCAAUGGGAUUUGGUUUUAGGAAUGGAGAUUGCAAAAUGUCAUGGUCUAUUUUAUAAUUUAUUACUUUAUAAUUUCUUGAUUUGGUGGCUUUGUAAUUAUAUGGGAAUGUUACAUGUAUCUUUGUAAUUAAUUUGCAGCUGUUUUUAAAUUAUCAUAAAUAUAUAGAAGUUGGCUAUUUUACACA